AUGGCACCGAAGCGCCUACAGGACAUCAUGGUCCGCAUGAUGCGGUAUGACAUUGAAUUCACAUUUGUGAAAGGCUCAUCACUGAUCUUAGCUGAUACUCUCAAUCGAGCCUACCUCGAAAAGGAAAGUCGGCUUGAGGAAAGGUCAAGGAUUCUGUCCGUUAACAUUUUCGGGGACAUUCCCGACGCGCAACUAGAUGAGAUACGCGAAGCUACCUCGAAGGACACAGGACUUCAGUCUGUGAUUCGACUGGUAUUGGACGGAUGGCCAGAUGACAAAAAUGAAGUACCAUCGGGCGCGUUACCAUAUCUUGACUUUCGCGACGUGAUAAGUUACUCUGAUGGUAUCCUAGUAAAAGGUGAAGCCAUUGUCAUACCGUCAAAGUUAAGAUCCGCAAUGAAGGACAGGCGGCACAGUGCUCAUUUGGGUCAUGACAGCAUGCUUCGCAAAGCCCGUGGGACCAUCUUCUGGCCCGGAAUGAACAGUGAUAUGCGUCAACUAGUGAACACCUGUGAGUUGUGCCAAGAGACUAAACCUAGAAAUGCACCAGAACCGUUACAACAUCAUGCCGACGGGGACGUUCCCUGGACAAAGGUUGGCUUAGAUUUGUUCGAAAUUCAAGGUUCCCAAUACCUGAUCACUGUUGACUACCUUACCAAUUUCAUUGAAGUUGAUCAUUUGCCCACUACAACUACUGCGAGAGUGGUGUCAAUUCUCAAGAAACACUUGGCCAGAUAUUGUAUACCUCGCGUGAUAAUAUCAGACGGAGGACCCCAGUUUUCAAGUAACGGAUUUGCUACGUUUGCAAAAUCAUGGGGGAUAACCCACUUUAUGUCUUCGCCUAUGCGCCCACAGAGUAAGGGGAAAGGUGAGUCAGCUGUCAAGAAAAUGAAACGCGGAAGGAAGGAAGGGAUCCUUAUGAGGCAAUACUUGAGCAGAGAAACGCUCCCUGUCAAGGCACAAAUCUCAGCCCUGCACAAAUGA